GAUGGACUGCGCCAACCGUCCCUCGUGCUCUCUGGGCGUUUCAACUUUCCCGCUUUCAUAUGCGGUUGCUGCCCUGCGUCCCCGACCUUCUGCGCCUGCGCGUUAGAGGGUGGCGUGGGGAUUUGAAAAACAGAAACCCGCAUUAUUUUUUAACGGCGCGUGAGAGGAGGCGGCGGCGGAGGAAGGAUGGCUAGCGGCGUUUUCUCCCUCGCGGUGCCAGCCGGAGAAGAGAGCAGCGAGAGCGACGACGACGGCUGGGUCGUCGGGUCCGUCGAGGCGGCGCGUCAGAAGCACCAACUGGAUGACAUAUUGCAGUCAAAUGACAAAGAUGAAGCAUUGAAGAAAGCAUUGCUGGCUGGAAACUUGCCUGCUAUUGAAGAGCUUUUAAAUUCAGGUGUAAGUGUGGAUUCUACUUUUAAGUUUGGAUGGACUCCUCUGAUGUAUGCUGCAAGUGUCUCAAAUGUGGAACUCAUGCAAAUCCUUCUGAACAGAGGUUCAAAUGCAAGCUUUGAUAAGGAUCAAUAUACAGUAUUGAUGGCUGCAUGUACAGCACAUACUUCAGAAGAGCAGAUUUUAAAGUGUGUAGAACUGCUUCUCUCAAGAAAUGCUAACCCUAAUGCUGCUUGUAGGAAGAAAAUGACUCCAUUAAUGUAUGCAGCCCGUGAAGGUCAUCCUCAAGUUGUAACUCUUCUUGCUGCUCAUGGAUCAGAAAUAAAUGCCCAGGAUGAACGUGGUUACACAGCAUUAACGUGGGCAGCACGCCAAGGUCAUAAAAAAGUAGUCUUCAAGUUGCUCGAAUUGGGAGCUGAUAAAUCAAUACAGACCAAAGAUGGACUGACAGCAGGAGAGAUUGCAAAGAGCAACAAGCAUUCAGAGCUUUUUAGCUUACUUUCAUUGAGUAAACACCCUUUCCAAGAAAGAUUCAACAACCUGACCAAAGAAGAGGCUAUUCACAAACUUCUGAAAGCCAUUCCCAAUACAUUUAAAAACCAGAAAACCAGUUCUUAUUCAGCCUUUGGUGACCUGGAGGUGUUUUUACAAGGUCUUGAGCUUGAACAUUUAACAGAGGUCCUGAAGGAGGGAGAAAUUGGUUUAAGGGAGCUUUGGACCAUGGAAAAGAAGGAUUUUACACAGCUUGGAAUUACAAAUACCAGAGAUCAGCAGAAAAUCUUAGGUGCUGCUAAAGAAGUGCAGAUAGAAAAAGUAAAGUUGGAAGAGUUGUCCAGCGUGGUGAAUUUGGAAUUCAGUGGUGACGAGUUUCUUUGUUUCCUUGUGAAACUAAACAAACAGUGCAUGCACCUUACAGCUGCUGUGCAAAGUGCGGUUAAUCAGUUCCCUACAGAUGCUCACAAGACACUGCAACCUUAUGUAUUUUCACCCCAAAUCUCUAAGAGAAAAGAGUUGCCCGUACAUAACACCUGCCAACACUGCUACAUAACAUAGCUCACUUCUCCAGAGCAACAGGGACAUCCGCAGCUCUUUCCGCAAUCACCUCUGUCAGAGGUAUGUCAGCCCACCACAGUGGUUCACAGCUAGUACAUUGAGUGAGCAAUACAAAAUACUGUAGACUGCACCAUAGCAGACUUUGGGAGGAGAGUGCUCCAGCAUGUUCUCCCAGCUUCCUAAAUCAGCUGCUUCCCCCUUAGAAUGCAGCUAGAAUCAACCAAAUGUUUAAUAUCUCCUAUGACAAACAUAGAAUGGAGCAUUGGCUACUCACCAAGAUGGUUCUUUCUGGUUUGACAUGGAAGUAUCCAAGAUUAGUCUAUGUUCUCAGUGGCUGAUAUAAACAAAACACGACACUGGUAUUGGGCCUAACCUGGCACUAUUUUUAACACAUUCAUAGGGCCAACAUUGAUUUACCCACUGCAGUUUGCCGCAUUAGACUUAUUUUGAGGGUGACUUGAUUCCUUGUCUUCCUGGGCCAGUGCAAAGAUAUUACUCCACACUAAGCCAUUGCUGGAAUACCUCUGUACACAUCAGAGAACUCUUGCAGGGCACAACCAAUUUUCCAUUCCAUAUUUGUUCAAAGAAUUGUUGAUUUACUGUUUUGCCAUUCUAACAGACAGAGGGUAUUAAGAUAUGUUCGCAACGAUACCAGUAAACAACCCCCCGCCGAAAACCAACUAACAAAAAACAUGCUUUGUGUAGCUGAUCAGAAUUGAGUUUAGUGGUGUUGUAAAAACGCUGCUCUAGUUGUGUAUAAACUACAUUUCAGAUA